AAAUUUGGAAAAAGCCUACAAUUAAAGAUUUUAAUACAAAAGAUUUUAAGUGGAUUAACAGUUCUAUUAAUUGGUCGAAAGUACCUAACAUUGCACCUCGUAAAAUGGUCAAUGGGGAUAUAGAUAUGACUGGUUAUCCUGAUAGUGACCCAGAUUGUACUUGGGGCUUGACAUACGAUGAUGGUCCAAGCUGCGCUCAUACUGUGUUUUACGACUUCCUUAGGGAUAACAAUCAGUCAGCGACGAUGUUUUUUAUUGGAUCAAAUGUUGCAACAUUACCACACGAAGCUCGGCGGGCUUACUUAGAUGUUUGUUCAAAUUUAACCACAAUUAUAACAUUUACAGAUACCAAUGAUUGGAAUAUGGAGCCUGAUGGCACUGAACAGCCGGCACAAAUUGAUGCUACUUUCCAAAGCUUUAUUGAUAUGGGUCAAAAUGGAACCUUCGCUGAUUCUGGUGCAAUCGUUCUGGAACAUGAACUAAACAAUGGCACAAUGUCCAAGGCUAUUGAAUG